GUACCAACGCGUAUUGUCAUCGCGUAGCUUUCGUAAUUUCUUCCGCACAAAUACUAUUAUUGCUUAAUAUAAAUUAUUAAUCCCGUUAUUUGUAAUAAGUGUCAUAAUGAAGUGCAAAAAUGCAGCGAGUGCUAAAGUGUUAUUCGGAUUUUUCAACACUAUAUUCUUUGCCUGCGGAUUCCUAGAAGUGGUGUGUGGCUUCCUCCUCCUGUGCGAUACGCAGCGUGUCCUGCUGUCGCGGCUGCUGGCGGCGCCAGACGCCGGGCUGGCGCACCCGCCCUUCUACUACCUGGCACUGGCGCUACUCGCCGCGGGGCUGGCCAUGUGCGCCACCUCCGCGCUUGGCUGCUGGGCCACUUACAUGCCUGGAUAUUUCAUAUUGACUAUUUACUUCCUGGCGGUGCUGGCGCUACUGCUGUGGGAGUGUGCGGGCGGCGUGGUGGCGGCGGUGUGGCCCCGCUGCGUGGGGCUGCACAGCGCGGCGGGGGGCGCGGCCGCCGCGCUGCAGGCCUACUACGCCGUGCCCGACUACGAGCAGUUCACGGCUUCUGUCGACCUCGCGCAGACACAGCUGGAGUGCUGCGGCAUAACGGACGCGCGCAACUACGACAUGUCGCUGUGGCAGCUGCGGCGGCUCGGCCCCCGCGGCAUGGCCGUGCCGCCCAGCUGCUGCGUGCAGCGCGCCGGGCUCGUGUCGCACCUCAACCCGGCGCCGCUCAACAACUCCCGCUGCCAGGAGCUCACGCCUGACCCACACUACAGAUACAUACCUGGUUGCAUCGGGAAACUAGAAGACUGGUACCAGCAGCAGUACAUCGUAUUCAUGAUGGCACUAUUCGUCGUGGCUCUAUUCAAGUUGGGCAUACUCCUCAGCACUGUGUUCGCCUGUAUUCGCCUCAGGAAACGCAGACAGGACGUCCAUUCGUUCAUCAUGAAAUCCUUGGACAACAAGCAUGAGAACUUCUACGAUAGCAAGAUGGGCACCCUACAUGAGGAGCCGAUAAUGGCUAAGUACAUCCAGCCGAACAACUUCUACAGCCCGCGCGUGCGCAACCCGAGGAUCUUCCCUACCAAGCCCAAUGAGAUGGUAUGAGAAUUAGCAGCGGAGAUAAAUGCUUUAGAGAGGAAACUGGAGAAGUUCUCCGACUAUUUAUAUAAGCACCAAGCUGAUUCCAUUAUGUGGUGAUCAAUAUUGAUAAUAGCAUGGUAUAAGAAAACCAGGUACGCUCAAUCCUAUGAAAAGCCGCCAUUGCUAGCCGUCUGAAGACGUAAAUGUUACCACUGUGUUACCAUUAAAUUGGUAUCUCCAACAUUCCAAGGACGUAAAUUUUAUUAUUGAAAUUUAAAUGAAAUAUUGACUAAUGUAUUUAAUAACUAUCACUUGU